CUGUGCCAAAUUAUUGUGACUCCUCGACGCUAGAGGUCGCUCUAAAAUCGUACUUCGCCAUUUUUUUGUAAAUAGAAUGAAAGAUGGCGGAGUCAGGGGAAUCCAAGGCAACCUGUACUUUUCUAUUUAAAAAAUCUACCAAAAAAUGCAACGCUCGGAAGAGAAAAGCCAGUGACAGCGACACAGAUGGCAACAGUGACGAAGACAAGAAUGCCGUCGUCAGAAAAGAAAAAAAGACGGGUUCAGCAAACCCUAUGAUUCAAAGGACAAAAAAAGUAGAGAGAGAGGAGGUGUCAUCUGCAGAAAGUGACGAGGAGAAAGAAAGAAAGAAAGUCACUGUCGCUUACAAGUCCACACGGUCAGCGAAACCAGAGGGGCCAGAUGACAUGGGAGCAACUGCAAUCUAUGAGCUGGACACCGCAAAGGACAAUGAUGCUCAGGCCAUCUUUGAGAGGAGUCAGAAGAUCCAGGAGGAGCUGACCGGUAAAGAGGAUGAUAAGAUCUACAGAGGAAUGAACAACUACAAAAAGCACAUCAAGCCCAAAGACUCCACCAUGGGAAAUGCAUCAUCUGGCAUGGUCAGGAAGGGCCCAAUCCGGGCCCCAGAGCACCUGAGAGCCACAGUGAGGUGGGACUACCAGCCAGACAUCUGUAAGGACUACAAAGAGACUGGCUUCUGUGGCUUUGGAGACAGCUGCAAGUUCCUCCAUGACCGCUCAGACUACAAACAUGGCUGGCAGAUUGAGAGGGAGCUGGACGAGGGGCGCUAUGGGGCCAACGAUGAUGAGAACUACGAGGUGAGCAGUGACGAGGAGGACAUGCCCUUCAAAUGCUUCAUCUGCCGAGAGUCCUUUAAGAACCCUGUUAUCACCAAGUGUCGGCACUACUUCUGUGAGACCUGUGCUCUUCAGCACUACCGCAAGUCCCAGCGCUGCUAUGUGUGUAACGUCCAGACCAACGGCGUCUUCAACCCAGCUAAAGAGCUGGCAGCCAAGAUCGCCAAACACCAAGCUAUGCUAGACCAGCCACCCUCUGAUGAAGAAGAUUAGCAACCUACUGUAAAUACAGUACCUGUCCAAUUUCAUCAGUGUCUUAUCUCCUCUUCACUGUUUCAUUGUCAAGCCUUCUGGAAUAAAACUCGAUUUUUAAA